AUGCUGAAGAAAUGGAGGCUAGUGGGGACCCAGUCCAGGGCCAGCUGGUGGGGGCGGUGGAGCCAGGGAGAGGAAACUGGGAGGCCAAGGUCACCCUGUACCAGGACCCAGGGUUUCUGGUUGCUGCCUCUCAUCCUCAGAGCUUCCAGACAGGGGGAUUUGGGGAAGAAGUCAAGGGAAGAGGUUAGAACAGCUGGAGACUAUGGCUUCACUUUGACCUCCGCCUCUGCAGCCACUUGCUCGCUGCCCCCAUCCCCUCUGGCCCCUCGAGGCCCCCCAGCUUCUGCCUGUGCUGUGACCCCCCCAGCCGCCGGCACGGCCCCGCCUCCGCUGCCCCGGUGGUGGCCCACGGCCCCCCGGUUGCCCGUGGUGAAACUGGAGUCAUUGAAACGCUGGAAUGAAGAGAGGGGUUUGUGGUGCGAAAAGGGCGUUCAGGUACUACUGACCACCAUAGGCGCCUUCGCGGCUUUUGGCCUCAUGACCAUCGCCAUCAGCACUGACUACUGGCUCUACACAAGAGCUCUCAUCUGCAACACCACCAAUCUCACAGCAGGUGAUGAUGGACCACCCCAUCGUGGGGGCAGUGGCUCCUCAGAGAAGAAGGACCCUGGGGGCCUCACACAUUCAGGCCUCUGGCGGAUAUGCUGCCUGGAAGGGUUGAAAAGAGGUGUCUGCGUGAAGAUCAACCACUUCCCGGAGGACACGGACUACGACCACGACAGCGCGGAGUACCUGCUCCGAGUAGUCCGGGCCUCCAGCAUCUUUCCUAUCCUGAGCGCCAUCCUGCUGCUGCUCGGGGGCGUGUGCGUAGCUGCCUCCCGCGUCUACAAGUCCAAAAGGAACAUCAUCCUGGGCGCAGGGAUCCUGUUCGUGGCAGCAGGCUUGAGCAACAUCAUCGGGGUGAUUGUGUACAUAUCGGCCAACGCGGGCGAGCCAGGCCCCAAGAGGGACGAGGAGAAGAAAAACCACUAUUCGUACGGCUGGUCCUUCUACUUCGGCGGGCUGUCCUUCAUCUUGGCUGAGGUGAUCGGCGUGCUGGCCGUCAACAUCUACAUCGAGCGCAGCCGCGAGGCACACUGCCAAUCACGCUCGGACCUGCUCAAGGCCGGCGGCGGCGCGGGCGGCAGUGGCGGGAGCGGCCCCUCGGCCAUCCUCCGUCUGCCCAGUUACCGCUUCCGCUACCGCCGCCGCUCCCGCUCCAGCUCCCGAGGCUCCAGCGAGGCGUCGCCAUCGCGGGACGCGUCUCCCGGCGGCCCUGGGGGCCCGGGCUUCGCCUCCACGGACAUCUCCAUGUACACACUCAGCCGCGACCCGUCCAAGGGCAGCGUGGCUGCGGGGCUGGCGAGCGCCGGGGGCGGAGGCGGCGGUGCCGGCGUGGGUGCCUACGGCGGGGCGGCCGGGGCGGCCGGGGGCGGCGGGGCGGGCUCGGAGCGGGACCGCGGGAGCUCGGCGGGCUUCCUCACGCUGCACAACGCCUUCCCCAAGGAGGCGGCGUCCGGCGUCACGGUCACAGUCACCGGACCGCCCGCUGCGCCCGCGCCCGCGCCGCCCGCUCCUGCAGCGCCCGCGCCCGGGACCCUGUCCAAAGAGGCCGCGGCGUCCAACACCAACACGCUCAACAGGAAAACCACGCCCGUGUAGGGGCUCGCGCCCUCGCGGGGAGCAGGGGGGCGUGUCCGGGGCGCGUGCGCGGGCGCGCGUGCAACGAGGCCGCCGGAUCAGGUUGCCCCCCUGGUCUAUCCCCGCGAGCGCGCUGGACACCGCUGGGCCUUCUAGCCCCUCUCCGCACCCUCCACCCGCCCCCGGGGGCGUGGGGAACCCCGACACGCUCCGAAGCAGGGACCCUUGGGGAGGGGGACGGGACGGGAAAAGGGGUUCCAGCGUGGGAGCGCUGUGUUUUAUUUUUGUGUUGGGAAGAUUUCAGGGGAGGGAGGGAGGGCCCGUGGUGUUUUUUGCAGUUUCGAGAUGUUUUCUUUUUAAAUGUUUUGCUGUGUGCAUGUGGGGGCGGGGCGGGGGGAGGGGAGGGAGGGACUCCUAGCCCAGCCCAGCCCAGCCCAGCCCAGCCCAACUCCUGGAGAGGGGCACAUAAUACAUGAAUAUAGAGUUACAUCUACAACUAUAUAUACACAUGUUCUGUAUAAAGAGACAGACCAGCAGAAGGCAAAGGCCAAGGGAGGGACGCGCUGACAUUUAGUUCACUUUUUCAUCUUUCGACAAGGGCUUAUUAAGCACCUACUGUGUACCAGGUGAUGGUACAGAAGGUGGUGCUAGGGAGGAGGGGACAUAAACGCAAGGCGCAUCCGUUCAUUCAUUCCUGGAAAUUUUAUGUGUGUGCGCGCAAUAACCACUGAAGAAAAUAGGGUCCCAGGCAUCUUCAGAGAGUUCAAAUCUUGUUCUUGAGACAACCAUUAAUCACAAAACAAAAAAACAAACAAACAAACAAAAAAAAAACACGUAAUACCCAGUAAAUGACACUUAGAAAUGUAGAGGCCCUCUGGAGGUGUAGCUCAGUUUAUAGAGUGCUUGCCUAACACAAGCCCUGGGUUCCAUUGCCAGCAUUGCAUACACUAGGCAUUGUGGUAAACACCUGUAAUGCCAGCAUUUGGAAGGUGAACGGAUGGUCAGGAGUUCAAGGUCACCCUGGGCUGUAUAUUUGUAUAUUGAGGCCAACCUGAACUAUGGGACUCUUGCAUUUUAAAAAAAUGUACACGUUGUGGGGUAGGGAGCAUUUCCAAGAAGGGGUAAUUAACUUUGGGGGUUUUUGCGGGGGAGGGGGGUAAUUAACUCAGGUUUUUGUCCCCGGACAAAAAAAAUGGUACUAGCCAGUCAGACCUUGGGUGAGGCAGAAAAUUUAUUAUAUCAAGGUCCUAGAGACAGGGAGACACUUCCAGGCUGUGAAGUGUCUGGUUUGGUUAGGCAAAGAGCCUGGAGACAAACUGGUUCAAGACUUAAGUGAGGACUUAUAAGGUCAGCAAAAAAGGCCAUGAAUUGGCUUUAAGCGGGAAUGGAGCAUAAAGACAGGGACUCUGAGGUAAGAGUUAAGAGGCAGAAGUCCCUUGUUGGAGGCAAAAUACCCUUACAGAAACGCUGGAUCUUGGGUAUGGCAUCUGGUGUUCAGGAGGCUCAGGGAGUUGGGGCCAUUUUUCAUUCAUUCAGCCACUCACCCACUAACUCUUAACAACCUACUAGCAUUCUGUGCUCUGUGAGUUGGGAUCUGGGGUGACAGAUCACUGCUCUGCUUUCAGUGUCAAAAUCAUGCAACCCAGGCAGGGCAGUGAGUGCUGUCUCAGGGUCACAGUGGUCACCUGAGAACACAACUGCCAAAUACAUGCAAGAGAAAUGGAAAGUCCUAGAGCAUGUGAUGUCUGGACUUAAAGGACCAGUCUGGUGUGUGCUGAUGGAGAUGGAGGCAACUUGGGCGAAAACCCAGGAAGCAAAACUGCAAGAUGGGCCUGGGGCCGGAGGUGGAAGACAAGGACAAAUGACUCUAGGAUGCUGAAGUCCGAGUGACAUCAUGGAUCUGCACACCAGAGUCUUAACAGUGCCCCGAGUUCUAGGCUGAGGCACCUAAGCUUCCUUCUAAGGGGAGUGAGAGAGACGGACAGCAGAACUGAACAGGGUAGGGGUUUUAGGGUAGACACAGAGAAGGGACUCAGCAAUCACUCAGCAGGCAGAGAGUGGUCCUUACUCCAUUCAUUUGUUCUGCAAAUGAUCCUGAGGUCUACACACCAGUGAUUCUGGAGAUUAAAUAUGCUU